UAUAACUGACGUUCAUUUCUCUCUGACCACGUUUUCUAAGUAGAGUAUAAAUUUAGAAGAGUCAUCAAAGGCAAACUUAUAAACUAAUUUUCAUAAUACUAGACGUAACAAAGGAUAAAAUGGAAAGCGAAGAUAACAACCAGCUCAAUACAAAGAACAAUGAACCAAGUUCAAAGAAAGCAUCAAAACAUAAAAAACACGAAUUCUCAACUCAAAAUAGUGAUUCAUCUUCAGUUACUGAAGAUUCGUCCGAUAGUUCAGAUGCAUUUAUUCCAGAUAUUGAAUAUGCAUUCAAUAGUUCAAAUGCUGUAUGUACAUGCUGCUAUGAAUGGGCGAAUGAAAUGUAUAAAUGCUAUCGUUGUAAUAGAAAAUAUCAUAAAGAAUGCCAUAUUCCUACAAUCAUUGCCAGAAAUGAAAAUGAAAAAGAAUGGGAGUGUACAUUGUGUGAAGAUAUAACUACCAUUUCUAAGGAUUUAGGAAAAUAUCAUGACAUCGAUGAUAUUUCUGUUGGUACGGUCGGACGAAAAAUUGUUGAGCGUAUAUUGAUGGAAUUAUUCUGUCGAAAUAAAGAAAUUGAUCAUUUCAUAUACGCACCCAAUCCAGCUGUUUUUCAGAGGUAUCCUGAAAACAUUCGAAAUCUUAAGGGAUUAUAUAAUAUUAAAGUUGAUUUGUUAACAAAUGAUAAUUAUAAAUCACUUAAUAUUUUUUUGGAAGAUAUAAAACAAAUGUUUGUUAAUGCUAUGUCAUACUAUAGUGUUGGUGAUCCAUAUUUAAAAUUCGCAAUUGACCUUCUUAAAUUUUUCAACACUAUGUACGAUAAGUGGAUAAUGUCUCCUUCGAAGAAAGCCUGGAAAAUCAGUGAACAAAUGGCCGUUUGAAAUAUCAAACAACGGUCUUAAAAAGAAAAUUAUUUUGAAUAUAAUUUUUUUUUCAUCAUAUUUAGUUGUAA